AUGAAGUUCACCGCUGCCAUCCUCGUCCUUGCCGCCGCCGUCAUGGCAGCCCCCUACGACAACCCACCACCCCCAAACCCAAACCACACCCCAGCUCCAGGUCCAGGUCCAGCUCCAGGCUCAGGCGGAGACAAGUGCAACAACAACCAGAAACAGAUCUGCUGCGACAAGGUUAUAGGUUUAGUCUGUAACCUCGGUCUUGUGAACAAUUGCGGCGGCGGGAAAACGUACUGCUGCGCCGCCAAUGCCCCUACUACACAGAACGGCGGCAUCCACAUCCUCGACCUCAACGUUGGUAGUUGCAACAGAGUCUUCUAA